AUGAACCGAUCCCAAGGCCAGCAGCAAAACCCCCAGCACCCUCAGCAAUCCCAGCACCACCUGCUGCAGGCUCUGGAAUCGUACGGUCUCGACAUCAUCGACCUGAACCCCCACGAUUCCCGCCACGUCACUGCUUCCAUCCCCGUUAUGGCUCCAUCCGUUAUAGGCACAGGUCGGUACAAUCACUUCCAGGCAGCAGAUUCCGCAGCAGCAGCAGGAGGAGCGGGAGCAGAUACCACCAACGGCGGCGCAGGCGUUACAUUGGGCGUUACAUCUCACUCGGGCGUAACAUCUAUGUCGCUAGACUCGCCCCCACCGCACGCGCAAUGGCACGUCGCCAGCUGUCAGUCCCCCCCCACGUGUCCCCGCAUGGCCCCCUGCCUCGGCCCUCCAGGUCUGCAGCCGCCAGGGCUGGGGGAAGAUCGGGGGGAGGGAGAUGGUGGGGAUGGGGAGACAGGGGAAGCGGGGGAGGGGUGGCUGGAGGAGGGCAGCAGCAGCGGUGACAGGGGGAGUGAGGGGAAAGGCAGGGGAGGGGGCGUGUGGGUGUGCGAGAACCCACAAUAUGUGGAUCUGGUGGGGGUGGGGGGGGGAGCGGGGGGAAUCGGUGGAAGCAGCGGGGGAGGCGGGGGAGUGCAGUGGGCGGAGUGGGCGGGGAGGGUGCAUGAGCUGGCAGGCGUGUUUGUGAGUGGUGAGGGGCGGGUGUUCAACUCAACCCACGUGUUCCAUGCCAAUGGCUGCCACGGGCUCACCCAGUUCUUCUACCCUUUCGGCACCCGGGUAACCAUCCACGAUACCCUCGUCAAUCUCCUCGUCCCCAGAGGCCACGUGGCAGCUGCUGACGUGGCAGGCAGCAGAGACAGGAGCGGGGCAACGGUGUUACAACUGGCACCGCUGCUGCUGCAAGUGGCGCCGUUUCUGAGAGAGAAUCCGGAGUUGCCGCUGCUGCUGGGGCAGGCACGGCUCCCUCGCCUGCUCGCCUCUGCAUCUCUCAAUGCAACCAUCGUCGUGCCUCCUGCUGCUGACGAGCUCUUCUUUGUCAGGCGCCUCAUUCAGCCCACCCAGCAGCACUGCGGCCGUCUGAGCCCCUCAGUGUGGACCCACCUUCGAUCCUCCUUCCUCCUCCACCCUUCCUCUAACCACCUGCCCCUGCUUCAACCUGAUUGGUCGCUGCGGCCGGCGGCGGGCGGCGCAGACCAGGACAAAAGCAGCCACCCGGAGAGUAGUGAAAGGGAGGAUGACAGUAGUGGUAUUGGAGAGGAGAGUGGGGGGAGGGAUAGGGUGGAAGGAGAGGGAGAGGAAGGGCAAGAGGGGAGUGUGAAGGGAGUGAGGGAGGAGGGGAAGGUGGUGGUGGUGGCGAUGCCUCGUGGCGUCCAGAUGGCGGAGUUUGAUUGGCUCGUGGGUCUGCUGAGGCAGCAGUUUGGGGAGAGCAACGUCACUGUGCCGCUUCUCUCCAACCCCUUGCCCGACCCGUUCCUUUUGUCUUCUUCCAUCAUCCAAUCCCUGAGUGCCACGUGUCACCUGCACGUCGUCUCUGUGCCGUCCGAGCGGCUGAAUUUCAAACCUCUGCCGAAGCUGUGGCUCGUCACCGAGCCUGAGGCUCGGGAGGAUGGGGAAAUGGAUCUAGGAGAUUCCCAAGGAGGAGGAUCGGCAGUAGGUGCGGAGGGGGGGAGUUUGGGGAAGGACGCUGUUGGAGAUGCAGAUGAGAGGAGGGAAAAUGGUGAUGAGAAUAGUGAUGAUGCUGAUUGGGGAGAGGAAGCCGAGGAAGAGAGGGAAGGAGAGACCAAGUCUAAGCAGGUAGAAGGGAAGCGUGAAGAAGCGGAGGAGAGAGGAGAGAAAGAGGAGGAUGUGGGAGGGAUCCGGAUUACCUGGAGCAGAGAGGACCUGGGGGAGGCUGUAUCUGAGGCAUGCCUUCACCUGGGCUUGGAUUGUCUUCGGCUUGGAAGCAGAGGAGCAGCAGAAGAGCGAGUGAGUGAAGCAGAGAGGAAGAAAAGGGAGAGGCUGGAGAAGCGAUUGCGGAGGCGGGAGGCUGAGGCCUGGAAGGUUCCUGGAAGCUGGCUGCGGCGCCGGCGCGAUGUGCGGGUGUUUGAGCGGUGGCUAGAGCAAGCGGAUGAGGGAGUGGGGGUGUCCGGUAUAAAAGCGGAUGAGAUUGUAAGGAGGGGCGGGAGCGAGGAGGAGUGGACAGUAAGAGAAUCGCUUAAGGGACUCGUUACUGGUGAGGAGGGUGCGGGGAGUGAGGGGGAUGAGGGGGGCGAGGGGGGUGCGGGGGAUGAGGGGGGUGAGGGGGGUGCGGGGAGUGGUGGGGUGCUGCUCUGGGCGCUGCAACUUGCCACACUGCUUCGGCCCGCUGCUGCUGUUACAACGCACUACUCGUCGCUGCGGUGGAGAAUCGCUCCCACCAGCGUGGUGCCAGCCACCACAGGCACCUUCGCCCUCACUGUUGACACCCCAGACAG